GACCGUCUCAUCUCAACUAGAAAAAGAUUACGGAGAAUGCGGGUGCACUGACAUGAUCUCCAUCCUAGAGGACAAAUACGACAAGAAACUCAACGAGAUUCAACAAUCUGUCACCGCCACCACCAACAACUACAACAUCGGCGGGGACGGGGGGCUGGGUGGUCUGGAUGGGGAUCAGCUGCUCAGGAGCACUGUGUGGCCAGAAGGGUACUUCAGCCUCCUCCAACCGGAAACCGGCUGCCCUAGCAUGGGCUUCUCCUUCCUGGACUGGAAGACCGACGGGUACCGGCAGUUCCACACCGAGUCCACGUCCCCCCAGAACCAGGACAACAUCACGGCCAACGCCCACUUGAAGAAACCCUACCAGCUGAAGACAGGCAGCAACUACUUCAUCCUCCUCAGCUUCUGCACUAUCGCUGGUGGACAUCAGGGACCGAACUGGCCGACCGGCUCCUAUUGUGUCAUGAUGUACGCCGGUGUCUGCCCGCCGGGGUUCCAUGACGGCAGCAUCUACUGGGAUGAGGAGAACAAUCAAUACGGUGGGAGGUACGGUGGUUACAUCCCGACGGCCGGAUUUGGCGCCGAUUCCAGAAUCUACUACUGCUGCCGCCGAGACGGCAAGCCGGAGAAACCAAUGUACCUGCCGACAGCGAAGCCGUUUUACCUGUUUCGGUUCGGUGGGGUGUGUCAGCAGGUGGCCAACAUGAAGCUGACCCCCGAGACCAUCGUGUUCGACACGGAGGACACCGGUGGCAAUAGCGACCAGUAUUUCGGCGAGUACCACCCGGAUGGUCAGCUCAACAACGUAGUUCUCGAACUCUGCUACUACACCAGAUAA